AUUAUUUUUUUUCUGGCUGCGCCACUGGUUAUAAGUUUAAGCAAUGUACUUUGUGCUUUAUUCAUAAUGUUUAUUGUUAUAUUGGAUUGAUAAUCCUAAAAGCAGCCACAAAUGUAGUUUCCUAAAUUGACUUAUUUAUGGGGUACCUAAUCCUAUGCUACUUCUACAUGCUGUGCUUGUGUUUAUAUACAAUGCCAUUGUAAAUGUUCAUAAAUAUUUGGUAACUUUUAAUUCAGUUUGAUGAUACAUUUAAUUUUAGAUCUGUAUUUAGAUAUGGACAGCUUUGUUGUUAAGAAAAAUUGCACAGAAGAACUUCUUAAUAAUGGUCGUAUCGGAAAAAAGAAUUUAAAAUUAAAGUCCUUGUCCACCGAUAAGAAAAAAAGAAAAGCCAAGAAUGUUAAUCCACAACCAACUAAUGCAGACUUAACAAAAUGCUUAGUGAAUAAAACACCUGAUGUAAUAUCAUUCGAGGAUUUUUUGGAGGAAAAAGUGAUUUGUAAAUAUAAAAGUCAAGAUGUCGUGAAAGAAGUUGAUGUGAUAGAAAGUGUUGCUUGUACUGAUAGAAAGACAAUCAGGAAAAGAAAGAAAAUACGCAGCUCUAAUUCACCAAGCAAGAAAAAGAGAAGAAAAAGUGAUAACGAUGUCAUUUGUAUCACUGAUUUAGUUGACAUAAAGCCUGCAACAAAUGGAAAUAAAACUUCCACCACAAAUGAUAAAAUCGGUAAAACUACCAAGAAAAAAGCUAGAAAUGUUCAAAUAGUGCAACAAAACAAAACUAAACAUGAAGUAUCUGUUAAAGAUAAAGUAAUUUGCUGCAAUGCUUCCAAUGCAGCUAAACCAUUAUCUAGUUCAACAACAACAAUUGAUACAAGUAACUUAAACACCGCACAACAAGGUGUUGUAUCAUGGUGUGAUAAACAUCAAGCAACCACACCUGAUGAAUACACAUGCAAUAAGAAAGGGUUGGGAAAUCUUACAAGUUGGCUGACAAAGUGGAGAGAACGAAUAGAAAAAGAGAAAAGAUAUAUUUUAAAGCAAUCGAAGAAACUGGAACAAAUGAAUAAAAAAAAAAAUGGGAAGUUGAAAUACUCGGACGAUGAGGAUUUCCAACUCUCCGAUGAUGAAGAUUGGGAAGAGGAUAACACGCUAUGUAACUCCUACCUUAUCACAGGUCCUGCUGGGUGUGGGAAAACAUCGGCUCUGUAUGUUUGUGCACAACAAGCAGGAUUCAAGAUUCUUGAACUAAACGCGUCAAACGAUCGAAGUUCCAAACAAGUGAUGACAAAGUUUCAAGAAGCAACUCAGUCCUAUCUAGUGUCAGGUAAUAGUCAACUAAACAAAGGAAAAUCUGAAGCCAGAAAUCAACUUUCCAAUUUUUUUAUUAAAAAAAGUAAAGAAAGCACCACAAGUUGUAUAACAGAAACACACAUGGAUAAAGAUAAAAACUCUUUAAUAUUCCUGGAUGAGGUUGAUGCCGUGCUUGACACAGACAAAGGUUUUUGGUCAUCAGUUUGUUCCAUAAUAAACACAAGUAAACGUCCUAUAGUGUUGACGGCUGAUUCAACAUCAGCUGUAGAACCGUCUGUGUUGGAGAAAUGUUUGGUUGUGAAACUUAAGAAACCUAAAACAAAGGACAUUUGCGACACGCUGCAAACUAUUGCGAAAGCUGAAUCUUUGUCACUAAAUAACGAUGAUUUGAAAGCUGUUGUUACAACAUUAAACCACGACCCUAGAGGCUGUAUCAAUUCAAUGCAAUUUUGGACGAGUUUUUCAACGAACAAUUUCACUUCUAAUGCAGGACAGGGCAGCAAAUCACGUAAAACGAAACGCAAAAGACAGAAAUCAGUUAAAAAUAAUACAGAACCUAUUAACAUGUUUAGUAAAGUGUUAGGAAUAUCAGAAAAAUUAGCAAAAACAUCUUGUUCAAGUUUUCAAGAAUGCUUGUUUAAAUUAUCAAACCUGGAUGAAGUUUCCUUCAGUUGUGUUGAAGAUAUUAUGUCUCAUUGCUACCAGCAUUAUCUGCCUUGUUAUAUUUCAAUGAAUUAUCAUCAAUUGCUACGAAUAUAUUCUCCACCAAGUAAUUGCAGACUAAAGAUCCAUGUACCUCAUUGUUCAAACCCAUUACCUGCUUUGUACGAUGACAUAGACGAUGAUCUUGUUUCACUUGCCUAUAGGGGAGUGAAAUCAUCAAAAGUAACAGCUGGUUCAGUGUCAGCAGUUACUGAUGGAAAAGAAUCAAAAGAAAAAAUAAAUCCUGAGAAAAAUGAAAAAGAUCCUCAAAAUUUAGCCACAGAUUUAAGUGAUUUGCACAGUUUAUGUGAAUACCUUGAUAUUGUUACACUGUGUGACCAGUUACAACAAUCAGAUGUUUUGUGUUCUGUCUUAAAUAACAGAAAGUUAAAAGAUGGUGUCAGCGACGAAACAGAUCAAACUGAUGAUGUCAGAUAUGCAACAUUGAACAGACAACAUGAGAUGCGGGCAGCAUUACAACUUCGUGGAUUGCAUAAAGCUAUGUCUCAGAUACACGAGUUACAAACUUCGUCAACACCUGCUGAGUUCACUUAUCAGCAAUCUCCUGCAUAUUCUACAAAACGUUAUUCGAAAGUUUUAUGUACACUAUAUGAAGAUGGUUUAUCAAGAUCUGGUAUUUACACAGACUACUUGCCAGCUUUACGAGGCAUAUCUAGGGUAGCAGAACAUGAAAAGCGAUCAAAAUUCUCACGCAGAUUUUGUCAUUAUUUGGAUUCUCAGUUCUCACAAACUGAGAUUUUAAUGUUGGGAUCAGAAUUUGAGGAAGUUCCAAUCUAACACACAAACAUCUCAUGUUGUAUUUCAUAGUUUUUUAUACUUUGUUUGCAAAAGUUUACCUGGUUUUCGUAAUAAAUUGCUAUAUGUCGUUUUAUUAUACAA